AAUUCUUUUAUUUUCUGAAAGUGAAACUAUUAUGUACUAGAUGGAAGCAUUGUUGCUGUGAGUUGAAAGAAGUUCUUUUUUAGUCUCUUUAAACACAUGAAGACUUAGGUCCAUCUUCGUGCAUGUCUAAAGUUUAAUCUGUCCUAAAUGCGUAAGCAUUAAUGGCCUUCUCAUGUCUCUCCCUCAUGAGGUCCUUUGCCACACUUAAAUGACAAUUAUAAGUAUGAAAUUUCUAUUUGUGGAACAAGGGGUAGUUAUGAUCUCACUUUGAUCCCAAAAUGGAUAUCCAACUUCUGAACACUUGGGAACAAAGACAACCUGUUAUUACAAUGGAUUCUUUGUGACUGGAGAAGACAAGGUAGAAGAAGGAAGGGGGUUAGCGUCCAGGGCCGGGCUGUGGGUCCUCUUCCCGGAGCUCUGUUUUGUGUCACUUGUAGCUCUGGGAGCUUGUCCACAUCUGUAGGAGGUGUGUCUGCAAACCCUACAAAAGAUAUUGCAUACUCCUUCUGGCCAUACCAACAGUGGUGCCCUGGGAAUGGCCUAUAUAAAAUAUCUCCUCUUGUCCCGUGUGCUUCACGAUGAAGUCGAUGGAGGCUGGGAGGUCAUAUUUUGCCAUCUCAUCAAAACUACAAAAGAAAAAGGGAAGUUGAAAUCCUCUUGCUUCUAGAAUGUGAUGCUAACCCUUGAAGAUAAUGAACAGAUGUUGAAACUGAGGCUCAGGGUUACAGGGCAGCCACAGAGCCCGGGGCCAAUCUGAAAAGGACAGCUCCUGCACUCACACGUGCUUCCGGAGGAGGGGGAAGAAUGACGACAGCCAGGAGUCCUUAUAAUCCACAGAGCACGGUUGACUUGGGUGCCCAGUACAUCACCUGCACGCCUCACUAUGCCAAGCAACACCAAAGUUUUUAUGAUGACCUGUUAGCUCUUGGCAUUUUGAAGCCUCUGACCUCUCCUAUUGAAGGGAUGGUGAUGAGAGAAGGAGACUGUAACUUUGUGGCACCUCAAGGAGUUUCUUCAAUUAUUAAGCACUACUUGAAAGAAUCAGGUGCUGAUGUCUGCUUCAGACACCGUGUGACUCAGGUCAACCUGCGGAAUGACAAGUGGGAAGUCUCCAAGGAAACAGGUCCCCCCGAGCAGUUUGAUAUCGUUGUCCUCACGAUGCCGGUUCCCCAGAUUCUGCAGCUCCAAGGUGACAUCGCAAACUUAAUUAGUGAAUGCCAAAGGCGGCAACUGGAGUCUGUGAGCUACUCCUCUCGCUACGCUCUGGGCCUCUUUUAUGAAGCUGGCACGAAGAUUGAUGUCCCUUGGGCUGGGCAGUACAUCACCAGUAAUCCUUGCAUACGCUUCAUCUCCAUUGAUAAUAAGAAACGCAAUAUAGAGUCGUCUGAAGUCGGGCCUUCCGUUGUGGUUCACACCACUGUCCCCUUUGGAGUCACCCACUUGGAGCACGACACCGAGGACGUGCAGGGGCUCAUCUUCCAGCAGCUGGAAGGUGUCUUGCCAGGGCUGCCUCGGCCAGUUGCGACCCAGUGCCAGAAGUGGAGACAUUCGCAGGUUACAAACGCUGCUGCCAACUUCCAUGGCCAGUUGACUCUUCAUCUCAAACCUUUCCUUGUGUGUGGAGGGGAUGCAUUCACCCAGUCCAACUUCGAUGGCUGUGUCACUUCUGCCCGGUGUAUUUUAGAAGCUUUAAAGAACCACAUUUAGUACCUGUAUCUUUGUUCUCUACAUGAGCUUCGGGUUUUUGUCUUCACAAGUUUCUGUUAUCGAUCAUUUUGGUUUCUAUUUUGUUGAGAGAAAUUACUGGAAAAUUUCUCAUAUGGAGUAUUAAAUUGAUUUUAUGAUUUUGACAGUUACAACCCACGCUAGAAUGAAAAUUCCUUGUACCGUGCACCUUUCACAGUGUUUCUGAAUUGCCAUGACUCCCCCUUGUUAGAGGAAAACAGUGGUUAAGAAUAACAAAUGACCCUCCCAAAGAAGCAGGUCCAAUCAAAGUAAUAGUUCAUGUUCCAAAACCUUUAUUCUUUUGAAAAUUUCCAUUCUAAAUAAAGAAUAAUUAUCAUCCAAUCCUCGUUUUUAAUCUUCAAGUUGGUCCUUGAUUCAGUGUUUUUGCCAAUUGCUGAACUAGAAGAUUUUCCCAAACUGUGGCUAACAGAGAGUAAUUUCUGUCUCUCUCUGGUAAUUAAAUGAUCCUGAAUCAUAGGUCAUAGAUGUCGUCGUUUCUGGGACUGUGGUUUGGAAGACAAUUCACUGAUAAAGAAACCCCUCUUCACGUUUUCACAUAAUAACCAGAUCCAAGUUGACUCUCCAAGUCGUGUCAUAGUUUUCCACCUUAAAAUAAAAAUUCAGCCCUAACAUGAAAGGUAAAAAUUAAAUAGAAGCUGAGAGAAUAUAGAUUGAUCUUUACCUCUUGCUCUGCUGGCUGGCGGGUGCCACUGCCUUCCUAUGGUCCCCGGGAUGUGCUGUGGCAUUUAGACUGGGUUGAGUUUAAUGAAUUUAAUACAACAAGAAAAUUUACUGAACUGGAAAAUAGAUGCACUUAAAAUAGUUCAAUAUUUGCCAACUUAGUGGUUCAGCGUAUCACACACAUGCUUCAGUGACCCACCUGCUUCCCGUCACUCGCUGGCUGGACAGAAAUUGAUUCCCGCCUUCUACACCAGCUACCUCUCACUAAAGGAACGGGGAACUGCAUUUGAUUUCUGGGUUGAUAAGAUGACCGAUAUUGAGAUUUCUUUCAUCAUUUUGGCCCAUAUUUGAUUAACAUUUGUCUUCCUUUGGGUUUUACCCUCGAAGCAUGACAGAAAAGACAUUCAGAUGUGUUAACUAUCUUGUGUUUAACUGAUGCCAUCCUGGAGCCAUUGGAUUAAAAGCCUCCUGAAGCCUUAAGAACAAUUGUUCCAUUCGUCCCACAAGCCCACAUCCUCCAAAGAAAAGAGCAAGGAAGGACCUAUGAAGGCGGGGGGAGUUACUUAGAGAAAAGAUUCGUCUAAAUCAUUACUGAUGACUUUUAAUAUCUACUCCCUCUAAUUCCCUGAUAAUUCCGCAUCUGUUUUGAGAAACCAUGGCACUUACAGGAAAAGGCUCAAGCCUGCUUAGUAUGUAGAUGAUCGUUGCUUCGCUAUUUUGAGUCGUUUUAAAAACUCAUUUUACAUGUAGAUCCGUCUCUGCGAGGAAGAGGCCAAUUUCCUGCUGUUCAAAUAAGGAAAUAAAACGUACCCACUGCUUGUGUUCUUUAUUUUCCUUCACCUCUAUCCUUUCAGAAAUUGAAAUGGGUAGAAAAAUAUCUUGUGCUGGAAGCCAUCCCAAGAGGCCACGAAACUCAGAUGGCCAGGGGACCCCGGGCAAACCCCUGGGAAGUCAGGGUCAGUAGCAUGUGGAGCCAUUGUCAGCCCAGAGGACCACACAGCACUGUGGCAUUUCCAAACACGAACUUUUAUUAAAUCAAGCCAGCCAAGGAAAGCUGCUCUGUUUUGAAAGGAGCAUAUUUAAGUGAGAAACGGCUGGAGCAGUGGGGUGAUUUAACACUUGUUAGCUGAUAAAUAUAGCCUUCACCAGAAUAAAACUUUAUGAUGCAGUGUUGAAAAGCUUAAUUACUAAACCAUCUAUGCAGAUCUUUCUUGCUCAGGCAGCGAGGGUGACAAAUUAUAGCAGCGGAAUAGUAUUUUUCACCUCUGGCAUUUCUGAAGGGGAGAAGUAUGUCUAGAAACAUCGCGAAAGCAGUAAUAAUCCCAGACCAGAUAUUACCGAGGGAAAAAAAAAGACGUUUCCUUGAGUCACCAAGCCUUCUGUGCGAAAUGCCAUCAUCCCCACCCCCCGCCUACCCACUACCUUGUUAAGUAAAAAGAACAAGGUCAAUUUUACAUUUAUCUGGUAUUUUAUACUCAUCCAAGUACAUAUAUAUAUACCUAUAUACGUACUUUACAUAUAAGAUAUAUGCCAGAAGAGGAGCCCACGCCUCCAAAACCCAUUUCUAUUUACGGGGCACCACACUGCUGCCCGAUGAACAUGGUCACCAAAGCUGAACCAAAGUACUAGUUGGCGAUAUGGUCCUCACCACGUGGCUUCAUUUCAGAGAGCUGACACCAACCCUGGUGUGAUAGAUACCAGCGUCUGAUAUGGAAUAAAGUCUCCACAAGUCCUGGCUAAAUGAUGGAUCUUCCCGUGAUUUUCAUUUGCUGGCUUAUUUCCUUCCUCUGGGGUCGCUUGCUCUGACAAACAGCGGCAUUCCGGCGAUGCGGAGCUCCAGCGCAGGCGCAGUUGGCCGAGUGUGCAGACCGACGCGCACCUGUCCUUCCCCUGUGGACCUGCCAGGCUCGUCGUUCGCGGUGUCCUUCUCUUGCCCUCUGGCCUUUCUCCCCUUCUGCUUUUUCUCCCGCUUUUUCCUCUGGGCCCAGUCCUCCAUUCUCAGAAACCAGGGAUCCAAGCGCACUCACUUUGUGAUUCAUAGUAUUUGGGAUUCCCUGUUUUAAUAUAUCUUUUUCUUUUUCACCCCUUAAAAUUUAAAGCUGUCAAUCGGGUUUGUUAUUUGAGGUGACUGGACCAUCGUCAUUUUGAUUUUCAGAAGUAAUGCAAGAAUUUAAAACUGGCUAGAGCUUUGGGGGAAUCUCGGUGCUAAUAACCCAAAAAGUAUACAUAAAGCAUGGUGCCAGGCUCUGUGGCGGACACAACGGAGCAUCAUCAGCAAUGUCCAGUUGGGAGCAGACAAGUCUCAUGGAGUGGGAGGCAAGAUAAGCUCCGUGUUUGUGUCAUCAAAGGUGGUAGAUAAUAUACUCUACAAGCUGGGGAAUCCAAAGAGAAAGAAUUAGGUGUUCUUGGGAGGGGGUCCCUGAACAGAUGCAGAGAUGCGUCAGUCAAACUCAUCCAAGGCAUCAUCUUGGGCUCACCCGGCUGACUCCACGAGUCCAAACUGCAUAUCAUGGUGGUCAAGACAAGUGAGGGCUUUUGGUGGAGAAGGCUCAGAAGAAGGUAGAAUGUGAUCUCUGGGAAGAAGAAGAUGCCCCAGCAAACCUCACACCAGGCUGGGGCAGGACUGAGCUGCCAUAGUCCAGGCGGGAAUGUGUUUGUGUUCCUGCGGGUACCAUCUGGCCAG